AUGCGCCGCGCGACGUCUCGAUUCCUCUCGUGCGCCGCCGCCGCCGCUUGGACGCGUGAGGCGGCGCACGGCAGCGCCGACCCGCCGCCGCCGGAUGAGCAUACCACUCGGCAACUCGUCAAGCGGUGGACGGCGCAAGAGGAGAGGCCAGGCUACGCGCCUCCGUCACAGAACUGGCCUCCCCCCAGCCGCUCUGACUUCGCCACGCUGCGCCGCGCCUUCACCGCGUGCGGUGCUGAAAGCUUUGAUCCCGGACACCACUGCGGCGAGGUAGCUUUCCAGUACGCGACGUCUCUUCUCGGUGGCACUCUCUGCGGGCACAUCGAGUCAGAGAGAGAGCCGAGCGAAGAGGAGAUCUCGGAGGGCAUCGGCUUGAUGAAGCGGCUCGCGGCCUCUGGCAUGCCCUCGGCCGCGUGCGGGAUGGCCUACAUCCUCUCCUGCGGCAUCCUCGCUGAGGAGGACGAGGAGGCGGCGGUUCGCUACCACCAGCAGGCGGCUUCCGCUGGCUUUGCGCAGUCGAUGCAAGAGAUCGCCAUCAUGCACUACCUGGGCGACCCUCUGCCGCAGGACGCGGCGGCGGCGGUGCGUUACUACCGCCAGGCCGCCCUGCUGGGCCUAUCGCAGUCCAUGUUCAUGAUGGGAGAGUGCCUGCUCAGCGGCGAGGGAAUCGCACAAGACACGGCCUCGGCUCUUGGCUGGUUUGCGGCCGCCGGCGAGCUUGGGCACUGCAGUGCGCGUUCCCGCAUCCGGGAGGUCGCGGAGCGCGACAUCCCUGUCAACGUGAGCUCCUUGAUGGAAGAGGUGUGA